AGAUGACACUGCUUGAAUUUUAAUUUAUCAAAUGUUAUCGACACAACAUAGCAAAGUGAAAAGUUGAAUUUUAUAAUACAAUAAAAUAUUUUAAUAUUUAUAUUUUAUGAAACAUGUCUGAAAAUAAGAAGAUCAUACUUGUAACUGGUGGGACAGGAUUAGUUGGCAAAGCUAUUCAAAAUAUUAUUGAAAUAGAUAAAAAUGAAAAUGAAAGGUGGAUAUUUGUAGGUUCUAAAGAUGCAAACUUAUGCGAUAAAGAAAGUACAAAAAAAUUAUUUGAGAAACAUAAGCCUACACAUGUGAUUCAUUUAGCAGCUAUGGUUGGAGGUUUGUUCCAUAACAUGUCACAUAAUUUGGAUUUCUUGCGCAACAAUCUUCAGAUGAAUGACAAUGUGUUACAAACUGCUCAUGAAAAUGGUGUUGUUAAAGUUAUUUCAUGUUUGUCAACCUGUAUAUUUCCUGAUAAAACAACAUAUCCUAUCGAUGAAUCUAUGAUUCAUAAUGGACCACCUCAUCCAUCAAACUAUGGCUAUAGUUAUGCCAAGCGUCUAAUAGACAUAGCAAAUAGGGGUUAUUAUGAACAAUAUGGUAGAUUCUAUACAAGUAUCAUUCCAUGCAAUGUAUUUGGUCCAAAUGAUAAUUUUCAUCUUCAAGCAAGUCAUGUUAUACCAGGCUUAAUGAGAAGACUUUAUGAUUUAAUAAAAGAUGGAAAUACAGAAGAUAAAACAUUUACUAUAUUAGGUUCAGGAAAACCUUUAAGGCAAUUUAUUUACAGUUUAGAUUUAGCUAAGUUAAUAAUAUGGGUGUUGAGAGAGUAUAAUUCUGUAGAGCCAAUUAUAUUGUCAGUCGACGAGUCUCAAGAGGUCACAAUAACCCAAGUAGCUGAAGCAAUUUCAAAGGCCUUUAAUUUCAAGGGAAAAUUAACAUACGAUACAUCCGCAGCUGAUGGACAAUAUAAAAAGACAGCAAGCAACGCAAAGUUGCGAAAAUAUUUACCAGAUUUUCAGUUCACACCAUUUAAUCAAGCCAUUCAAGAAACUGUCGAUUGGUACAUAAAAAACUAUGAUCGGGCGCGAAACUAAAGGAAGGUGUUCAAAUAUUCCAUUUGCAGUAAAUCUGGCUGUGCGAAAUUUCGUUAGCGAGUUUCAUGACAGAAAAGUGGUUCGAUGUACGCAGCGACCGACACAAACGGUGAGGCGAACUUCAUCGAAAAUAGUGAUACCGUUUGCACUGAUUCAAAUGGUAAUUUGUUAUUCCUUCCAUCGAAUGAAACGCGUUAAGUGGUGAGCAUUAAGGACUCGGUACUUCGAGUAAGUAGUAAGUAUCACUAUUUGGGGAGACGUUGAUAAUUUAAUCAAUAUCGAUUGGGAGUUCAGACGUGGAGAGGAAUUAGCUGUUAAGACUGGUUUUAAAACAUUACGUUAAAUAAAUAUGGAAUAUUUACCCACUUCAA